CGUCGUCAUCCUAUCACAUCUCAGCUAGUGCUCGCCAUCUUGUUCGUAUGGUUCCUGCUGCCUAUUACAACUAAUUUCCUAGUUAGUUUUUGUCUGCCGUUCUGUGUGAAAAGUUGACUGGCUGCGGCCUGGCGUCUCCAGGCUGAUGUGCGGCCCCUGCCGGGAGGAGCAUGUUCCCUAACUCCCCCAGCCAGGGCCGCACGUCGCUCCCUUUGCCUCAGGCCGGGAGCCUUUACAGUAAACUGCCCCUGGGUUUUGUCCCGGAUGCACUGAACCCCGAGCAGCUCCUGCAUGCGCAUAUCAACUUCCAGAAAAAUGCCAAUCUUUCCAGGGUUUUGAUGAGUGGAAAUCUUUUGACUAUGCCUCCAGUAGCACCACCACAAUGGUCCUAUGGAAAUCGCACUCCAGUAAUCAACCCAGGAUCUUCGUCCUCCCCUUUUCAGAACCGGAAGAGGAGAAGCGAUGAAGGAAAUGUUCCUUAUGAUAUCAAAAGACAAAGGUUUCAGUCUCCCCCGCAAACGCCAACUAUAACCCACCAAGCAGUGCCUUUAAGAGAUAAUCUCAGAUAUUCAUUUCCAGGGUCUGGUGCAUUACCGUUGCUGCAAACACCACCUUCUCCAGAAGUAAAUGGAUGUACUCCACCUCUAUCAGAUAACUGGAUAUUAGAGCAAGAAGAAAAUACUUUGCCUGUUGCUAAAGAUAAGCUGAGCAAGCAGAUUCUGGAGUUGUUCCAAGCAUGUCAACAACAAGUCUCUGACUUGAAGAAGAAAGAUUUGUGCCGUGGAGAACUUCAGAGAGAAAUUCAGCAAAUAUUUCCACGUAAGCUUUUUUUAUUUAAUUGCUACAAUAUUAUGCUGUGCACCAUUUUAUCAACACUUACAACAUUAUUCUCUUGUUUCUUAGACAGCAGACUUUACCUGGUUGGUUCUUCUCUUAAUGGAUUUGGCGCAAGAAGUAGUGAUGCAGAUUUGUGCCUCAUUAUUAAAGAAGAACCUAUGAAUCAAAAAACAGAAGCAAUGCAUAUACUCGGCUUACUCCAAAAACACUUCUACACUAGACUUUCAUAUAUUGAGAGACCUCAGCUAAUCAGAGCAAAAGUGCCAAUUGUGAAGUUCAGGGAUAAAGUCAGUGGUGUGGAAUUUGACUUGAAUGUAAACAAUGUUGUAGGAAUCAGGAAUACAUUUCUUCUCAGAACCUAUGCACACUUAGAGUGCCGUGUUCGUCCAUUAGUGCUGGUUGUUAAAAAGUGGGCAAGUCAUUAUGGAAUAAAUGAUGCAAGUCGAGGCACUUUGAGCAGUUAUAGUCUUGUUUUAAUGGUUUUGCACUACUUACAAACCCUUCCUGAGCCUAUUCUUCCAUCUCUUCAGAAAAACUACCCAGAGUGUUUUAAUCCAACUAUGCAGUUGCACCUUGUUCAUCAUGCACCACGCAAUGUCCCUCCUUAUGUUUCCAAAAAUACUUCAUCCCUUGGAGACCUCCUUGUAGGAUUCCUCAAAUAUUUUGCCAUAGAAUUUGAUUGGAACAAAAAGCUGAUUUCUGUAAGAGAAGCCAAAGCUAUGCCAAGGACAGAGGGCAUUGAAUGGAGGAACAAAUACAUCUGUGUUGAAGAGCCAUUUGAUAGAACAAAUACUGCAAGAGCAGUACAUGAGAAGCAUAAAUUUGAUCUUAUCCAGGAAGAAUUUCUAAAGGCAUGGGUUAGAUUGAGAGACAACAGAGAUUUGAACAGUGUGCUGAAUGUGAGAGGAAUUAUUUCCAUGCACAAAAGAUAAGUGUCUGUCUUAUACUGGAAUCUCCUGGAAAAUAAAGGACAUCACUGCAAUAUUCUUGCUCCUCUAGGCUAUUUUUUUAUUGUUCUUAAUUUCAUCUAAGUUAACCUUUUUCUUCUUUAUUUUCUCUUUUUUUUUUUUUUUUUUUAAAUAUAUAAAGGAGUAAGGUUUUGUGUACAUUACAUAUGUUUACUCUAUGUAAUUACAGUUAUGUGUAUGUUGGUGUUUGAAUUGCUAGAAAUGUAAAAGCUGAAUAAAUUGCAAGAUGGGAACAGUAACAUUUUCCCCACUAACUGCAAUUGUGCUAUAAAAUUGCACUGCACAGACUAAAAUAUACCCAUUUUAGACUGUAACAAUAAAAAAAGGCUACUGCUUAUCUAUAAUCAAUUUACUUAUUUCUAAUAUAAAAUUUUAGUUUACAGAAGUGCUUGAAAAUGUUUACCUCAACAGCUGUUCUUACAGUUGGCUGUGCUAUGAUUUAGUUUUUUAUUCUCUGAUUAGUUUAGUAGAUGUAUACGCCAUAGUUCUUGGCAAUUAUGCAUUGAACUUUCAGCCUAACUAGAAACAAUUUGUGUCCCCUGUUAUCGAAAUUGAUAGUUUCCCCAUGACAGUCCAUACAAUAUAUCCUGUGAUGCACCUCUCUAGAACAGUGGUAUCGUUUUUUUUUUCGUUUUGUUUUUUUGCUGCUAAGGUUUGUUCCCUAGUUUUGUAAAUACUUGUAAAUCUGACACCUUAUAUAAGUUUCAGUGAGAGGAUAAUCUUUUUUUAACUUUUAACUUUUACAUGAAAACACAUUACUUGUUUGGCAUUCCUUUUAUGGUCUUUGUAUCAAGUCUGUUAAGGCUGUUGGCGCACAACUUGUGCGUCUCUUUAUUUCUAAUUGUUCUCUUAUGUUUGGGGGGUUUUUUUUGUUCACAUCGGGAGUAAUGUGUGUGUGGGGUUUUUUCUUUUGUGUGUCAAUUGGAAUUAAGUUUAUGUAAAAAAAUGAAAUAAAAAAAUUUUCUUGUAACUGA